UUUCCACCCAUCGACCUUCCUCUGUCGCAGGCUUGGGCAUGUCGCGCAUGCUUGCCCUCGCGGCGCGAGUCGCCGGGGCCCAGCGUGCUCGGCCCAUUUCACCGGCACUCCUGGCGCACCCCCGGCGGUGCUUCAGCGCGCGGGCUCAGCCCGCUCCCCCGGCGAAUGCCACCUCCCCGGCCGAUGCCGUCUCCCGGACCAAUAUCUCGCCGGCGUUCCUCCUGCGGCGCAGCUCCACCCGGCCAUACCCGACCACGAGUAUCUUCAACUGGCUGAAGCUCUGCUUCCAAUACAGUCCGUGGACCUACGAGGCGCUGCGAUCGGCGGCCCAGGCCAUGGUGACCGCCAUGCGACAGGCCCCGGCCGGGGGAAAGAAGGCCGCACAGGUGGCCUUCCGUCCGUACAACACCCUGGUGGAUGUGGACGAGCAGCUCCGGCCCUUGCUAACCAAGACGCCGCCCCUGUGGAACCAGGGGCUUUGGCGGUUGCUGCACCAGGGGGAAAUCGACUUGCCGCCGGACUCGCGGCCGGUCGAUUUCAACGACCGCGUCGUGUCGCUCUUUCAUCUGCUGUCCGAUCCGGACUUCUUCCGGGCCAGCACCACCUCCUUGAAUUUUUUCCACCAGUACACCCACCUCAAGCGGUCAUCCUUCGGGCACCUGCUGAUGAUCGAGAACGGUGACUUCCUGGAGUCCUUCCUGUCGGAUGCCAUUUUGAUCUCCAACGCCGGUGUGUCGAAGCUCACUCAGCGGUAUACCUCGCGCAUCCCGGCCACUGGGUCGCCUGUGACCACGCUGCCAGCGGUGUUGAAGCGCCUCUUCGCUCACAAGCAUACGGUAGCCAUUGCUCGACAGGGCCCGCUGACCACGCCUCCCGGGUCCAACUCGCUGGUGGUACCACGGUCCAUCUCACGAUACUACACCCCGGGCACCCUGCUGCAUCAUGACAUUGGCGAGAAUGAGACAUCCACUCUGAUGACGAUCUCGCGCAUUCCCCGUGGGCGAAAGCGCUUCAGUUACGGCGUGGUUCUCACCGACCUGUCGGCCGCCACGAUGCGCACCUUCACCUGCGAGGACACCGGAAAGCUGCAGGAGCUGAUGGACCAAUUCUGCCCAUCGGAGAUCCUCUUGCCGUUGGAACAGGCCGAGGUCUUCGAGCACAUGGGCCUGGAGCAGAAGUACUUUGUUUCGUACACAUCGCCGCCGAAUCUGCAAGAUCUGCUGCUCUCCUUCGGCGGGGUGCCGGCCGUUGAGGCCAAUGUCAACCAUUUGCUGGAGCAAUUCCACCGAUUGCCGCUUUCGCUCAUGGGUGAUGUCAACCUGCCGCCGAUGGCUGCGGUGUCGGUGGCCGCGACGUCCCCCAAUUCCCAGGGGGGCGCGCUGGCGGCGGCGGCUGCCACGGCCGAGAACGCCACGCUCGGCCUCUUGCGGGGGCAGCCUUCCGCCCAGUCGCCCGGGCUGACAACGCACCAGGUCCAGGCGCUGGAUCGGUUCGGUCCGUUGAUCGAGGACAUUGUGACCAAUUCCUUCGUCAACAUGGCCCUCAAGACGCACCUGGCUCCGCCGUCAUUCACCCUGCCGACAGCGGCGGCCUUCGAGCCGGGGGCCAUCGCCAGCACGGCGGCCAUGUUUGCCGGGGACAAGCUGUGGCUGGACCUGUCGGCCCUUUCCCAAGCCGAGGUGCUGGCUCUGGCUCAAUCCUUCAAGUACCUGCACCAUGUCUUCCAGUCGACCGACCUGCCGAUCUUGUCGCUGCUGCCCGGGUCGCGGGACCAAAAUCAGACCGCCAUGCGCAUCGACCCCUUCACCUCCCGGGCGCUGGAUCUGCACCUGUCAUCGUCGGCCCUGCUCAGCCAAGACGCCAAUGUCACCACGACCAAUCGCUUCCGGAACAUCCACUUCGGCUCGCUCUUCGGGUCGCUGGACACCACCGAGACUCGCUACGGUCGGUCCAAGCUCCUGGAGGUGACCAUGAGCCCGCUGACCGACACGCGGAUCAUCAACCAGCGCCAGUCCAUGGUGGAGUUCUUUGUGCAGAAUCAGGCAUAUCUUGGGCAAUUCCGCGACGCCCUGCGCGAGCUCCGCACCCUGGACCGGCAGUUGAAUGUCGUCAGCACCCAGAAGCCCAGCCUGGCCAUGUUCCAGGCUCUGAUGGCCUCCUUCGAUCGGAUCAGCGCCCUGCGAGAUCUGCUCACGCAGAUGAUUGCCCUGUCACCGGAGCCCAUCUCGGAAGACAUCUCCAGCAUCCUGGGGGGCAUCGUCAACGAUCUGGAUGAAAUCCCGCGCGAACUGGUGCAGACCCUGCGGCAGACAUUCAUCUCGCGCAAGGAUGACCCCACGUCCGACGAGCCGCCCUUCGUCGUGCACCCGCACGCGUCAACCCAAAUGGCACAGCUACACUUGGACUUGGUGUCGGUCGUCCGGCAGAUCAACCUCUACAUGACCUCACUCUGUCGGUCGACCGGGCUGGGCAUGGGGUUCUCCCUGGUUGAGCAGGAGCUGGCCGGCCUUUUCUUGGUCGUCUCGCCGGUGCUGGCCCAGCGCAUUGGGCUGGAUCUGGCGGCCCUGAACCGGGACUUGGCCGUGCAUCCGACCCUGGCGAUGGCGGCCGUGUCCGGCACCGUGCUGGCACCGACGCGGACGCACUUCGACGGGACGACGGUCAAUCCGGCGGUCUGGGCCACGCGGGUGGUCAUCCCCCCGGCCUGGACUCCGAUCCGGCUGCCGGCGGAGUUGCAGCUGGAUGCCAGUGGGUGCUUCACCACCCCGAGGCUGUUGGAGCUGCACCAGCAGCUGGUCGACACCCGGCGGAGUAUCCUGACCCUGGAGCAAGAUAUCCUGGACUGCCUGCAUCAGUCGGCCAUCCAGCAGGUUGGCAUUCUGCAGAAGAUCAUCUACACCGUCAGCUGGCUGGAUGUGCUGAGCAGCUGGGCCUUCAAUGCGGUGCAGCUGAAUUACAGCCGACCGAUUGUGGACAACUCGCUGGCCUUCGACAUCAUUGGUGGCCGGCACCCGGUGCUGGAGCUGUCGGUGGCCGGGCGCCUGCACGAGCAGCGAGGCUACUACCUGCGUGGCGGGCCCCCGACAGCGGCCGGCGGCGGUGGUGGGGGGACGUCCGCAGAGCCGGAUGCCCCGAUCAAAACCGUGGCGGCGGCGGCGGCGGCAGCGGCGGCGGCGGCGACGACGACAGCGGCGGCGACCGCCAACAAGGCCGGCCGACGGAGCCCCGGCCAGCGGUCCGCCUCGGAGGAGGGAGUUCCCGCGUCGACCAUUGUCACCGGGCCGACCGGCAUGCAGUUACACAACGACCACCAGUCGAUUUUGUCGCUUCUCGGCGCUCGCGGCGCGAGGGUGCCCUUCGGCCGGGAUAGGGACCAGGCGGCAUCCGGCUCCGGCUCGGCGGCCGGCAAGAGGGCCACACACAACUUCAUCAAGAACGACUGCAACCUUUCGGAGCGGCCGCUGCUGUACAUUACCGGGGCCAACAUGGGCGGCAAGUCCACCUACCUUCGGCAGAAUGCCCUGAUCGCCAUCAUGGCCCAGAUGGGGUCCUUUGUCCCGGCCACCCGGGCGCACAUCGGCGUGGUGGACCGGAUCUUCGCGCGCAUCGGCUCGGCCGACGACCCGCUGAACAACCAGUCCACCUUCAUGGUGGAGAUGUCCGAGGCCAGCAUGGCCUGCAAUGAGGCGUCCCCACGGUCGCUGGUCAUCAUGGACGAGCUGGGCCGCGGGACUUCCCCCGAGGAGGGGGCCGCCCUUGCCUUCUCCGUGCUGCGGUACCUGCACCAGCAAACCGGCUGCCGGAUGAUCUUUGCCAGCCACUUCCACUCGUUGACCCCCUGGCUGAAGCUGCUCGGGGGGGUGUCCUUCUCUCGGUUUGUGGCCCACAAAAACCCGGAGGACAGUUCGCGCCUGUACUUCCCAUACCGCCUGGAAGCCGGCGCGGCGGACACCUCCUACGCCACGUAUGUGGCCCAGCUGUCCGGUAUGCCGAAGGAGCUGAUCCGCGAUGCGGACGCCUUCUUCGCCUUGCAAUCUAAAGCCGACGAGCCCCCCUUGAUGUUGGAUCACGCACACCAGGCCGUGACUCCCGACGUCGAGCGAUUCCUGUCGAAGAUCCACACCUCGCGCUUCCCGCUUUCGCAGAAGUCCCCCCCGCGUUGUGACGUCAAAAAGUGAGCACCUCUCCCUGGCUCUUUCCCCGCCGGCCGGGCAUCCUCCCGGAUCUUCUUCGCCUCGCUCCCUCUGCCCUUGUUCCCUCCCUUUCUCUCUCCCCCCCCCUUCCCUUUCCUCCUCCCAUCCCUAUCUUCAAUAGACAUUAGACCACAGUGGUUCGAUCCCA